AUGACCGAGAAACUAAGCGAACUUGCGUCCGAAUUUGGCUCCCCGAAAAUCAACAAGGAGCGCUUCCCUUGCUACGGCAGCUGGCACGAGUUCAGUCUCAAAUUCAACCUCCUCCGAAACGACUUCCAAAUGAAGCUCGACGAGUACUCGAAACUGGUCGAGAAGCAUGAAGAAACCAAGAGGUUUUAUUAUAAGUGUCUUGAGGGACUUCAGCCAGUAUUCAAAGCGUACGUUUUCGCCGACCCUUCGAACGAAACUCAUCGAGAAUCCACCCUGGAUAGAGCUUGGAGCCACCUGAAGCCGAACCGCGAGAAACCGAACAAGAAUGAAGAAAGCGAAGAAUCCGAAAGUGAAGUAAGCGAGAAUGGAGAACCAAGCCCACAACAACGACUUGAGGAAAUUCGACAAGAACGGAUGAAGAAAGAAUCGAGAAAGAAAAUCAUCGAGCGAUUGAAGGAGGACUACCCAGACAGAUACAAGGACUUCAAAUUCAAGGAGAAAAAGGACACCAAGAAAAAAUAUUGA